GUCUGCUUGUAUUACUGUGAUUAUAGAGAGCUUCUGCAGUGGAGAGAGAGAGUGAGAGAGAGAGGUUGUGCACGAUUCACAGUCUUCUCUAGGAUACAGCUCGCUUCCCUCCUCGUCUCAGUGCUCCUCUCUCUUCCCACUCAAGUGUAUCUGAUCCGUCUCUCCUGCACAACUCCUCUAUUUCUCAAGAACUCUGAGGAUGACUUCUCCAGAAACCUCCAGCCACAGAUAACCGUUCUUCAGCUCAUGGCUGCCCAGGACGACUCGACACUCUUGGGGUUUCCUCGUGCGGAUCUGUCCUCUGUAAAGUGGAUCCAAAGCAGAACACCAGCUCAAGCCGGUCUCCUUUAGGAAAGGGCACGUUCAUUCAGACCUCGUCUUUCAGCUUACAAGCACACAAAGAACAAGACCUUCAGAGCCCAAGCUUUCAGAUUGCUAGAGGAAGUGCAGACAAUCAUAAAUAAAGAUGGAGCAGGAGAUUUCAAAAGUGCAGCGUAAGAUGUCAGACCUGGAGUCAGUUCUGCAGCAGAAGGACGUGGAGCUCAAGGCUUCAGAAACCCAAAGAACCAUCUUAGAACAAGACCUGGCCACCUAUAUCACCGAAUGCAGCAGUUUGAAGCGCAGUUUGGAGCAGGCCCGCAUGGAGGUGUCACAGGAGGAUGACAAAGCUCUGCAGCUCCUGCACGACAUACGGGAGCAGAGCAACAAACUGCAGGAAAUCAAAGAACAGGAGUACCACGCUCAGCUGGAGGAAAUGCGUGUGUCUAUUCGUCAGCUGGAGGAGAACCUGUCCGCAGCUCGCCGCCGCAGUGACCUGUACGAAUCCGAGCUGAAAGAGUCUCGUCAGACCAGCGAGGAGCUCAAGAGGAAGGCUGGGGAAUACCAGCAGAAGAUUCAGAAGGCCAAAGAACAAGGCAAAGCUGAGAUGGAAGAACUUCUGACCAAACUGCAGAAGACCAAUGCAGAGCAACAAGUGAAGACUGAAGAACUCCAGGAGAAGCUUGCCAAGGCCGUGAAGGCGAGCACAGAAGCCACUGAACUCCUGCAGAGCGUCCGGCAGGCUAAAGAACGUCUGGAGCGAGAUCUGGAGCGUCUGCAGACCAAAGAGGACUCCACCGACAGCCUGCGCAGACGCCUGCGAGACACUGAGGAUGGCAAGAAGACCCUGGAGAACCAGGUGAAGAGGCUGGAGAUGGUGGAACGGAGAGAAACUAAACUCAAAGAAGACAUUCAGACCAAGUCGCAGCAGAUCCAACAGAUGGCCGACAAAAUCAUGGAACUUGAGGAGAACUUGCGUGAAACACAGGCAACAGCGCAGCGUAUGGAAACACACCUGGAACAGAAGAAAAAGCUUUAUGAAGACAAGAUCAAGGUUUUAGAGACUCAAAUGAAGGCUGAUUUGGCUGAAAAGGAACUGCUGGAGUCCAAGCAGAGCACGUUUGAGGAGGAAUCUCGCGAGCGGGGAAAAGUGAUCAGCGACCAGGCAGCGACGAUCAAUGCCAUGGAGUCAAAGAUGAGCAAUCUGGAGCAGAGGAUCGCUGAGCUGUCCGAGGCCAACAAACUGGCAGCCAACAGCAGCAUUUACACGCAGAAAAACAUGAAAGCCCAAGAGGAGAUGAUCUCUGAACUCAGGCAGCAGAAGUUUUAUCUGGAAUCUCAGGCAGGGAAACUGGAGGCCCAGAAUGCAAAGCUGGAGGAACAUCUGGAGAAACUGACACAACAAGAGCAGACUAACAAGAGCAGAGUGCUGGAACUGGAGGCCAGACUGCGAGAGAUGGGUCUGGAGCACGAGGAGCAGAAGCUGGAGAUCAAGAGGCAGGUGUCGGAGCUCACGCUGUCCCUGCAGGAGAGAGAAGCUCAGAUCAGCAGCCUGCAGGCGGCCCGCCGCGCGCUGGAGAGCCAGCUACAACAGGCCAAGACCGAGCUGGAGGAGACGACCGCGGAGGCCGAGGAGGAGAUCACCGUCCUCCGGGCCCAUCGGGAUGAAAUCCAACGCAAGUUUGAUGCCCUGCGAGACAGCUGUGCGGUGAUCACGGAUCUGGAGGAGCAGCUGACGCAGCUCUCGCAGGAAAACGCCGAGCUGAACCGACAGAACUUCUACCUGUCCAAACAGCUGGACGAGGCCACGGACGAGAACGAGGAGAGACUGCACCUCAAGCAGGACGUGGAGCGCCUGCGCCGGGAGGUGGCCGACCGAGAGAUGCACCUCAACAACCAGAAACAGAACAUCGAGACGCUGAAGACCACGUGUACGAUGCUGGAGGAGCAGGUGCUGGAGCUGGAGACGCUAAAUGAUGAGCUGAUGGAGAAGGAGAGACAGUGGGAGAACUGGAGAUCUGCCCUGGAGGAGGAAAAGAACCAGGCGGAGCGCAGAGCCAGAGACACACAGAGACAGCUGGACAGCGAGAAGCAGAACAGACUCCGUGCAGAGCAGCGCAACUCUGAGUCUCGUCAGACGGUUGAACUGGCGGUCAAAGAGCACAAAGCUGAAAUCCUGGUACUGCAACAGGCCCUGAAAGACCAGAAACUCAAAGCUGAAGGUCUUUCUGAUACACUGAGUGAUCUGGAGAAGAAACACGCCAUGCUGGAGAUGAACGCGCGCAGCCUGCAGCAGAAGCUGGAGACGGAGCGAGAGCUCAAACAGAGGCUCAUGGACGAGCAAGCAAAACUGCAGCAGCAGCUGGACAUGCAGAAGAGCCACAUCUUCAGACUGACUCAAGGACUUCAGGACGCGCUGGACCAGACGGACCUUCUGAAGACCGAGAGGACAGAUCUGGAGUACCAGCUGGAAAAUAUACAGGCGGCGUACUCUCACGAGAAGGUCAAGAUGGAGGGGACCAUCACCCAGCAGACCAAGCUCAUAGACUUCCUGCAGGCCAAGGUAGAGCACCCCUCUAAGAAGAAAAAGGGACUGUUUGGCGGCCGGCGUCGAGAGGAUCUGCUGGCGGCGCUGGCGGCGCAGGGACAGACGCAGGUGCCCUCUGUGCCCGCCGUGGCCCCUGUCCCCCUGCAGUACACCGACCUGAAGGUGGCGCUGGAGAAGGAACGCGCUCGCUGCUCGGAGCUGGAGGAAGCCCUGCAGAAAACACGGCUGGAGCUCAGAGAGGUUCAGUUUAAUAAAGCCCUGGAGCACAGCGGUACUCCAGCCACUCCGGGUUUGGCUCGUCAGCAGCUCAUGAUGUCCACCAAAUCCAACAAAUCCCCCGAGCACCAGCCCAGCAGCGGCCUGAUGUCGUCCAGCUCCGGCCGCAGGAAGGACGCUGCCAAUCCUGAUGAAAUAAGGAGAGCCACUUCUGAAAAGUACACCAGACGUGUGAAGGACAGGAUUCAUCACAACACUCCUCACCGCUUCACACAGGGGCUCAACAUGAGGGCGGCCCGCUGCACCGUCUGUCUGGACACCGUCCAUUUCGGACGGCAAGCUGCAACAUGCAUUGAAUGUCACGCUUUGUGCCACCCAAAAUGCUCCCCGUACCUUCCCGCCACCUGUGGCGUGCCCACAGAGUACGCGCUGCACCUGUCCGAGGCUCUGUGUCGGGAAAAGGGAAGCAACUCUGGUCUGAAAGACGUUGGUGGACAUAUGAGGCUGGAGGGAUGGCUGAAGCAGCCCAGAAAUGGGAAGCGUGGCCAGGGCUGGGAGAGGAAGUACGUGGUGCUGGAUGGAUAUAAAGUGAUCACCUACGAGACAGAACCAAGAGACGAGUCGGUGAAGGCGCUGGAUGAGUUUGAGUUGUGUCUCUCUGAUGGAGACGUGACUGUUCAUUCUGCUGUCGGUGCUUUUGAGCUGCCCAACACAGCCAAGACAGAUGUGCCGUAUGCACUGAAGUUGGAGUCGUCUCCACAGUCGACAUGCUGGCCCGGUCAGACUCUGUACCUCAUGACCUCUGGGUUUUCUGAGAAGCAGCGUUGGGUGGCCGUGCUGGAAGCCAUUGUGGCCAGCAGUCGUGGGGCGAGAGAGAAAGCCGAAGCAGACGCUAAAUUGUUGGGUAACUCCUUACUCAAGCUAGAAGGAGAUGAUCGUCUGGAUAUCAACUGCACCCUCCCGCUGACUGACCAGAUUGUGUUGGUGGGCUCCGAGGAAGGGCUCUAUGCCCUGAAUGUGAUUAAGAACUCCCUCACUCACAUCCCGGGUAUGGGAUCCGUGUUUCAGAUCCAUAUCAUCAAGGAGCACGACAAGCUGCUGAUGAUCGUGGGGGAUGAGCGGGCACUGUGUCUGAUGGAGAUUAAGAAAGUGAAACAGUCUCUGUCCCAGUCUCACCUCCCCACGAUACCUGAGAUUGUGCCGUAUAUCUUUGAGACCGUCAAGGGAUGUCAUCUGUUUGCCGCGGGCAGGAUAGAAAAUGGUCCGUGCAUUUGUGCAGCAAUGCCUAACAAAGUCACAAUUCUACGAUACAACGACAAUCUGAACAAAUUCUGUAUACGGAAGGAGAUUGAAACGCUCGAGCCGUGCAGCUGUAUCCACUUCACCAGCUACAGCAUCAUCAUCGGUACCAAUAAAUUCUACGAGAUUGAGAUGAAGCAGUGUGUUCUGGACGAGUUCCUGGACAAGAAUGACGUGUCGCUGGCAUCGGCUGUGUUCACUGGUUCCUCCCACUGUUUCCCAAUCUCCAUCGUCCAGGUGUCCAGCACUCCGCAGAAGGAAGAAUAUCUGCUCUGCUUCCACGAGAUCGGUGUGUUUGUGGAUGCUUACGGCCGAAGAAGUCGCCCUGAUGAUCUCAAAUGGAGCCGACUUCCCCUGACAUUUGCAUUCAGAGAGCCGUAUCUGUUUGUGACCUACUUCAACUCGCUGGAUGUUAUUGAGAUUCAGGGACAUGCAGCUCUUGGGCCUUCCAGUCUUGUUCACCUGGACAUUCCUAACCCACGUUAUCUGGGUCCGGCCAUAUCAUCUGGUGCCAUCUAUCUGGCCUCGUCCUAUCAGAACAAACUGCGGGUCAUCUGCUGUAAGGGCAGCCUGGUGCGAGAGUCUGGGGAACUGCAGAGGACCGGUUCAAGCAGGAGCAGCCCAAACAAGCGCGGGCCGCCCACCUACAACGAGCACAUUUCCAAGCGCCUGGCCUCGGGUCCGGGGGCCCAGGAGGGGCCGCUGCACCGCGAGCCCAGCACCCCUCACCGCUACCGCGAGGGCCGCACAGAGUUCCGGAGGGACAAAUCUCCGGCCCGGCCUCUGGAGCGCGAGAAAUCGCCCGGUCGGGCUGUGCUAGACAGCCGCAGGGAGAGAUCGCCCGGGCGCUUCGAGAGCAGCGGCAGCGAGAGAGACCGGGAGCGUUCGCGCCUUCACACUAGCUCUGUUCGCACCCAGCUGACCCCCGUCAACAAGGUACGCAUGAGACACUGCCACGCAAACUGUGUAUCCUUCUAGGGAUACAGACAUCAGGUUUGACGAUGUUCAUGCAUGCUCAAAUGCAUGAACAUCCGCUGCUUUGUAGUUAAAUUCCUUCUAGUUAUGGCCUCAAACAGGAUGCUCAGUUUAUGUCCAGCCUUUAAAAAAAAAGUCUCUGGGAAAAGACGUUAAAAUCGGCAUCCUUUGCAGCAGUAAUGAUGUUUCUGAGCUGAUCUGCGUCAGACAGGGCAGGCAGCCUGUUGAAGUGUUGAAGUGACCUCUUUAUCCUGGUGGUGGUGUAGGUUUGGGACCAGUCUUCAGUCUGAGAGUGUCCCGGAGGGAUGACGUAAGAGCCAUCGUCCACCUCCCGCGUGGAUGGACUUGCCCUUUUAACAGGUGCUUCGUAAAAACUUUGAACUAUAUCAUCUCAUGCCUGUAACCGUGAACAGAGCCAUGUUAUUCACUCGCAGCCCCAGAGUCUGGGAUAUUGUGCUGAUGUUGUUAACUCUGUCCAUGCUGUAAUCAUUCAUGAAGGUCCAAUGUAAAGAAAAACAACUGCGAUUUUUUGGGGGGAAGACUUUGAAGGAAUAUCCCGGGUUCAGUACGGUAAGCCCUGUCAACAGCAUUUUGUGGCAUAACGGCCAUUACUGCAGAAAAUGUAAAAAUUGGGGUAACAGUAAGACAUUUACAAUGGAAGUAAAACAGGAGGUUAAGGCAAGACACUACAGGCAAACCCAUUUAUACACUUUAUCUUUUAGUAUUCAGGGCAAUUUUCAAAAGGAAUUGCAAAUUGCGAUUUCAACUGCGUUUUCCAUAUGUGGAUGCAUAAAUUGUGACAUUAUCCAAAUGUAAUUAUAAGGAGACAUUUUAAAACACAAUUUUUUAAUUUAUUGGAAUACAGUAAAUAGCCUACACAAGGUUGCCAGGUUACAUGCACGAUGCAGAGAGAGUGAAAAAGCAAAUGUGGUAAUUAAUAUUAUUUAAAAAUGACAGGCUCAUAACUUGUAAGACAUGGGAAAUACAGUUGCAAAUGGACUUUGCUUUUUCAUUUGAAAUUUUGCGAAUUUUGCAUUUUGAUUAUGUGUCAAUUUAUGCAUCCACAUGGAAAACACAAUUGAAUAUACAAUUUGCAAUUCCUUUUGAAAAUUGCUCUGAAUAUCCUUCCAUAAUUAGUAUCAGUAGAUUUCAAUUAUAAUACACUGGCCAUUUUCUCAAAAUGAGUUUUUUCGCACUUCAGCAGCACUUAGAGCAAGUUUUAGAGUUUCAUUUCAAUCUAAAUUCUGAUUUUCUAAAUUUUACAGACAUUUUUUUUUUUUAAAAACACUAUUUUUCUUUUUCAUUUUUCAUAAAAAAAGUUAACUGCAUAAUGCUAAAACAAACCAAUUCUUCAUUUAAUAUAUAUAUAUAUAUAUAUAUAUAUAUAUUAUAUAUAUAUAUAUAUAUAUAUAUAUAUAUAUAUAUAUAUAUAUAUGCACUAUAAAGUGUCUUAAUCAUCCACUUAGUGGCAGGACUACUUUAGGUUGUGUUGUUUUGUUCAUGUAAACAGGCACAUUGUAGUAUCCCUGUGUGAAAAUGAUCAAUUCACUGACCUUGACCAGCACUGAUGAGGUUAAUAAGCAAUUGUAUCUCACAUUAAAAAUAUACUUCCAUUGUGUUUUCCCUGAACCACCAUUUUUUGUUUAGUUGAAGUUAAGAUCUGUGGUAACUGACAACACACCACAAAUGCUGUACAUUUAUACUGAACUCAGAAUAUUCCUUCAACUUACUCACGUGAUUAGCACAUUGUAAAUAUGGUGAUUUAAAUUUUUAUAGCUAAACGGAACUUGACUGAUGAAGCUACGAAGUCUAUUUUUUAUGCUAUUAAACUGUUUGUAUAGACAGUUGAAAUGGGUUUCCUAUAGAACAGUACAGAAAAGGUUUUAUCUCCAUGUAUGUUGUAUGCUAAUGUGGUAAACAGUCAAUUUGGCUGCUCUUAAUGACAGUUUGUCCAGUUUUUUAAGCUCUAUUUGACUGACAUUAUCGAACCUACUGCACAUUGUAUAUUUUUAUGCUAAUAGAGUCUGAGCUUGUAAAUCUUUUUAAAGAGACACGCCAUGUUCUCGCUACAAGUGUCCUUGUGAUGUUCAAGUGAACUUAUCGUAUUUUUGUCGGAAAUAACGAAGCUUUCGUCGACACACUCGCACACAGCAGCGGUUCCGCGGGGCUCUUCUGGAAAUUUCUGCUGCUUUUCCGUUAACGGACGUCCUGUUCAGCUGUGACGUGAAAUAAUGUCCGGUAGCCCUCAGGGUCUGUGGACGAUCUUCUGUCGUUCCUCGUGGAAUAUGAAAACAGCUCAGAAGCAUUUUGAGUUCAUGGGUAAUUGUAAGCAAACGCAUGAGUACAUUCUGACUUGGUUUUGGGACGUCCCGUCAUGUACUACUACCUUAAUAUUGAUAAUCGAUGUUUUUCAACUAACAAGGCUGCUUACCUUGAACCUUCUUUUGGUAUAAAGAAAUGAAGCUAUAUUAAACACUAUUAAAGUAUGAGCCAUACUCA